GCAAGACUAUUACUUCCAGCAACAACAUCAAUUGAUUCAUUUGAUAUAAUAGAUAUGAAAUUUAUGCAGGAUCUUGUGAUAUUUACAUUACCAAUUGAUAAUGGAGGGCUUAAAUUUGUAACAUUAAGUGGAGUAAGAGGUUUCAUUCAAAACAAUGUUUUAAAUGUUAUGGAUUUAAUAUCUGAACAUUUGCCAAUAUUAUCAAAUAAUAAUUCAUGGCAUAAAUAG